GCAGAAACGAAAACACAUCAAUGGGCGUCAAAAACUCUAAACCAGAGGUUCCAAAGGGCUGGGUGGCUGUUUGGGACGAGAAAUACAAUGAGUGGUUCUACGUAAACGAAUCAACAGGAAAAUCACAAUGGGAAGCUCCAAAGGGAACUGUCUUUGGAGGUAACGAGAGCAGUCCUCCAUCUUACAACCAAGCAACUCAAGCUCCACAACAGCAAAACAGUCAAACGCCAGGUGCUGACCGGCAGUACGCCUCUCAACAGCAAUACGUUCCGCAACAAUCGUUUGCUCCUCAACAACCUUUUGCUCCUCAACAACCUUUUGCUCCUCAACAACAAUACGUUCAGCAGCCUUACUAUCAGCCUGUUCAACAGCAGCCAGCAAGAUCGCGUUUUGGCGGAUUGGGCGGUGGUAUGGGUGGUAUGGGUGGUAUGUUAGGAGGCAUGGCACUGGGUACUGUGGGUGGUCUGUUGAUUGGUGAUGCAAUUGGUCACGACGACUAUGGGCAAGGUUAUGGUGACUACGGCGGAGAUUACGGUGGUGGGGACUUUGGGGGUGGGGACUUUGGGGGUGGUGAUUUUGGGGGUGGUGACUUUUAGCCGAGAGAGGCUUAAUUUAUCGUGGUCGUCUAUUGUGAAACAGUAAUACUACACAUGAAACUAUUAGACGGACAUUCAGAUUUUCAUUUUCAAUAGGUGGUAACCGCUCAAUAAUAUAGCUUUUUCUAUAGUUCUAUAACGUAUCUUAUAAAGAACGUGGGACUGAGUUCGCUGACAGUCCGUACCAUAUUAAGAUUAAUUAUGAUAGUUGCUGGCUAUAGGUAGAUGCAGUAAAACAUCAGAGGCCAAACUAAUUACAG